GCGCGGAUUCGUUUUUCUUAGAACUUAGCACUAGCACCGAUGAUGGGGAGAAUCAAUGGCACACAGUAAAUGAUCGGCUGAGAAUCCAACGAACGAAGAAAGGCAUUGAUCGAGAGUAACAGUCUGUGAAAAGUUGGGGCUGUGCCACAUUUCAAAAUAGAAUUAAUUCAGUUGCAGUUGCAUUUUUUAACAUUUAAGUUGUGACACAACGAACGACGGAGGAAAAUUCGAAUUAAAAAACGAAAAAUUAUUUCAUAAUUCAAAUCGAUUCGAUGAUUUUUCGCGAAAACCGCUCAUUUCUAACGAUAAAAAUAAUAUUCAGAAAUUUAGAAAAUAAAAAAAUCAAAUUGGAAGUGCAAUCAUUUGUGAAAUAUGGCUCCUAUAAGUGAGAAAAGAGUAUCGCAGCAACAACAAACACAUCAGCACCCACAAACGGAUAUGACAGUGCAAUCGCUAUCAACAGUGGCCCUGCUCAAAGAAGGAGUCUCUGGCAUCAGCAGUGGUGGUGGUGGUGGUAGUACAUUGAGUCACCAUCACCAUAACCAACACCACCACCAUCAACAUAAUCAUCACCACAACAAUAAUAAUCAUCAUCAUCAUCAUAAUCACCACCAUCAUCAGCAUGCCAAGGAGAAUGCCACUGCUGGCCGCAGCAGUAAUGGCAUAGCGGCCAUUGUCAACCCCAAAAGCUUGGAAAUCUUGGAUUUUCAUGAAUCAUGGCUUGAAGAAAUGGAAGUAUACAAGGAUAUGAUGCAAGUAAAGAAACAUGUGCCCGCUCAAUUGCUUGGAUCCCAUAAUCAUGCCCAUACACCUCAAGGCUGCCAAAUAGAUGUGAUCAAUAAUCAUCUUCAACAUCAGCAGCAUCAUCAUCAUCAUCAUCAGAAUCACAAUCACAAUCACCACCAUCAUGCAAGUGCCAAUAAGUUGUCGUCACAUGCAACAACAACGACAACAGCUUCUACAGCUGUCAAUGGUGUUGGUAACAACAUGGUCAAUGGAACAGCCAAACGACGCAAUGUAAAUGACAACAAAACUAGAGCGCGCGUGGUGCCAGCUACGUCUGCUGAUGCUUCUCUCAAAGAGGGACGGGCAGAGAUGUCUAAUGGAAAUCAGUUGCAUUUAAAGAGACCGCGUGAAGAAACGCCUACUAAAACGGCUGUUGGCAGCAAUGUUGGUGGUGGUGUUGUUGGUAGUGGUGGAGCUAAUCGAACCACUACUUCCAAUUUCUCCUCCAGUCAUCCGAAUGCAAAGCGUUCAGGGCACAGUGCCACAACUCAUGCGACUGCGACUACUAAACUGCCUGGACCUAGCUUAGAUCACACUACACGUCAUACUACCACCAAAAGUGCAGUGGUAACGGCGGCUCAACUGUCAUCACCAACAGCAAACACCAAUGCUUACGAGGCCCCAGCUAAUAGUGUAAAUAUAAAAACUGCACCCACUACCGCUACACCCGCCAGUCCCAAGCAUAACAGCAAGAUUAUUGUUAAUCAAUUCCAUGCCAGCAGCUUGUUAAAUGGCAAAAAAUUGGAUGAAAUAGAAAAAAUACUAACCCUAAAUGGCUUGGCCCCUACACCAACGAGCACUGCUAACGAAGCCAGCUUCUAUGCUGCCCAUUAUUUGAAUGGUGGUGAUGCACACAAAAAUUUAAAUAACAUUUCAAAUGGUAUGACACGACCAACUGCCAAUGGAGAAUCUACUAAUUAUGUUGGUGUUUCUUUAGCAAACCACCAAGUGGUAAAUGAUAAUCAAAAUGGACAUGCUGAAGAUGUGGAUGAUGACCCAAGUUCAGCCAUUGAUGGUGUACAUCUGGACAGCGAUAGUGAUUUGGAAGACGACUAUGUAGGGGAACCGUUUUAUUUGAAGGAAGAUGGCGAUGAAACUUUGCAAAGCAAAACAAAGCCCUACGUGCAUUACACCCCAAGGUGUAUACUCUCACCAAGUCUCUUUCCCAAUGUUGCACCAUACUUGAAUUAUUCUUCACAUCUAGAUCAGGGUCCAUCAAUGCCAGCGACGUUACAUAAAGUCUUAAAAUGGAAGCUAAGUCCUGCCAUGCCGAAAAUUGUGAAACGAGUUGUUCUAAACUCAGGAUUUCGCAUUAUAAAAAAUACCACCGAUUGGAUGGCUGUAUGGGAGAGGCAUAUGAAAAGUCCAGGAUUUCGAACUAUACGCUCCCAUCAGAAAUACAAUCACAUGCCGGGUUCAAUACGCAUAGGGCGCAAGGACAGCAUAUGGCGUAGCAUAAAUGAGAAUGUGAAGAAAUUCGGUACUAAGGAAUUUGGCUUUAUGCAAAAGUCCUACAUUAUGCCAGAACAGUUGGAAGACCUGAGAAAAGCAUGGCCUCGUAAUGCAGCUCGACGUACCAAAUGGAUAAUCAAACCUCCUGCCAGUGCCCGAGGUACAGGCAUAAGUAUUGUAAAUAAAUGGUCACAAUUUCCCAAGGAUAGGCCAUUGGUAGUACAAAAAUACAUUGAACGACCGUUAUUGAUAAAUGAGAAUAAAUUUGAUAUGCGCAUCUAUGUCAUAUUGACCUCCAUAAAUCCUAUGCGGCUGUACAUGUACAAGGAUGGUUUGGCGCGUUUUGCUUCUGUUAAAUACAGCUCGGAAUUCAACGACCUGGAUGAGCGUUGCAUGCAUCUCACCAAUUACAGCAUUAACAAAUUCUCGGAGAAUUAUGCCAAAAACGAGGAUGUCAAUGCCUGCCAAGGCCACAAAUGGACUUUGCAAUCUUUGUGGUGUUGUCUCGAGGAACGUGGUGUUAACACCAAACGUUUGUGGGCCACCCUACGCAAUUUGGUAAUAAGAGCUUUGGUCAGUGGUGAGGCCGGACUGAAUCGCAUGUAUCGUCAAAAUGUAAACUUUCGCUAUAAUUGCUUUGAGCUAUUUGGCUUUGAUGUCUUACUGGAUGAGAAUCUCAUACCCUGGCUGUUGGAGAUCAAUGUAUCGCCAUCGCUUCAUUCCGAUCUGCCGCUUGAUUUGCAUGUCAAGGGACCUUUGAUACAGGCAGUUCUAAAUACAGCGCUAUAUCAAGUGCCUCCCAAGCUAACGGAGAAACAACAAAAAGAAAUUUUGGAAGAGCUUAAACUUGAAGGCCCUUUGUGCCAUGAUAAACGUCUGUUCUCCACUUGCCUGCGCCAGGAAGAGAUACGCAAACACAAUCUCUUCACCAAUCGUUCCAUAGAAAUGCGUGAAGACUAUUUAGAUGCCAUACUGGAACAUCUGCAGCCAGAUGAUGUGCGUUGUUUGCUGCUGAGUGAGGAUGAGCUGAAUCGUUGCAGUCCCCUAGAGCGUAUAUUUCCUACUGCCAAUACUUUUCCAUAUUUGAAAUUUGUUGAUAGUCCGCGCUACUAUAAUCGUCUGCUGGAUGCUUGGGAACAUCGUUAUGGCCAUUGUCGUGAGAAAGGUAUUGAAGUGCUGAGAGGUCACUGUAGCAACAAUUAUCAUUUAAUAGUCUCCGAAGCUGGUCUGGCAAAAGAACCCUCUGGCACACACAACGAAAUUGAUGCCUUACAUGCGAAAAAGGAAGAAACGCCAGGCGUUGACCCCAAUGCCAAUGCAAAUGCUGUGACCAAUGUAACUGCCUCAAGUGAUAUGGAUGUUAUUAACAAUGAUACAGCGGAGCCAGCAUCUACGCAGGUUUCAGAUACAACGAAUGCCAACGAGUUAAACACUUCCGCCCACACCAACGCCACCACCACUGCUACAGCCACAAUAGAUAUGAAAAAUUCCCAAAACCCUUCUAACGAACUUAAAGUCGAUCGAAAUCUGAACCACCAUCAAAAAAAUCAACCUGCCAAUAAGGAUACAACUUCACCCAAUAGCAACAACAACUCCAACAUAGCCACCAAACAUAAAACGCAAAUAAAAAGUCAUGAAACAACAACAACAACUGUAGAUCGUAAACUUAAGACUGAUAUUAAGGCUUCGUAAUGAUCAACGAUGAACAAAACAAAAGACAAAAACUAAAAAAAAGAACAAACAACUUGUACUAUACCUAUAUAUGCAAAUUAUUUUUAAAUGUUUAAGCGAUCUUUUGUUCACUUAAUAAUAAAUUUAUAGUUUUUCACAGAUGUGAAA